AUUUUCUUCUACUUUUCGGCAUUACUGGCUGACUUUGUUUUUCACCUUUUUCUUUUCUUUCGGCCGAAACUAACGGGCACUGUCACUUGCAACCCUCGGAAGCCAUCCCUGAUCCAAGAUGCUUGUCUGUUUUGCGGUCGGCGGGGCCGGAGCAAUGGUCAGCAACGGAAGGCACCGAAGGGCGAGUGCUCCCCGAUAGCUAGCCGAUGCAGACAUGCCGGGUCCCGGCUACGUUUUGUUGAUUUGACAUGCCCAGAUUUUGAUCUCGAUACAACACCAUCAGCAAACUGCGGAAAUGGCUGAAGAGACGGAAUGGGCUGGUAUCGAAAAUGGCAUUGACGAUCCCGAAGAACUUCAGGUCAUUUAUCGCACCCUGGACUCCUUCCAGCAAUAUGCCAAGGUUGCUCACUUCCAGUGCACCCACCUGCGGAGACAGGCCUUCUAUGCGCUACCACAGGCUCACUGGCAGCGACUUGCCGCGCCUCCCUUCAACUAUCUAGACACCCUAGAUAAAAUAGACGAUGCCAUUGGGUCGAAUGCCGACCUCGCCCACAUAAUCGUCAAGACGGGCCUCCAGAUGUUCCAUGUCGGCGUCCCCUCCGAGACUGGAGAGCCUCGGAUACCACCUCAAUGGAACGAAUCGGCAAAGUCCAACGACAUUGACAAGGCCCGCAGCACCCUCCGCCAGUUCUACCGCGACUGGUCCGCCGAAGGGGCUCGCGAGCGCGAGGCCUGCUUCGGGCCUGUCUUGCGUGCCAUUGGCGCCGAGCAGGCAGCUCGAGGGCCCGACCACCCUCCGCUCAAGGUCCUGGUUCCUGGCGCCGGCCUGGGCCGCCUCGUCUUUGAGCUAUGCUUCCACGGCUACGAGACUGAAGGCAAUGAAAUAUCGUAUCACCAGCUGCUCGCAUCGUCGUACAUACUCAACUGUUGCGACCGUCCCGGGAAGCACACCAUCUACCCCUGGAUUCACACUUUUUCAAAUCACCAGACCCGGUCCAACCAUCUGCGCGGUUAUGCCAUCCCAGACGUGCACUGCGCCACUGAGCUCACCAAAGCCGAGCAAACCAGGCGGGUCGGCACAAUGAGCAUGAGCGCUGCGGAUUUUCUGUGUCUGUACAGCCAGGAAGACAGGGCCGCUGCCUACGACGUGGUUGCGAGCGUCUUCUUCCUCGACACCGCUCCCAACCUCAUCCGUUAUCUCGAAACCAUCUUUCACUGUCUGAAACCAGGUGGAAUCCUGGUCAACAUUGGCCCUCUGCUGUGGCAUUUUGAGAACCGAGUGUACGAGCGGGACGAAUCUGAGGAUGCCGACGCCGCCGACGCCCUCGGCGGCGGCGACACAUCAGGCAUCGCGGACCCGGGAAACUUUGAGCUCACAGACGACGAAGUGAUGGCACUAGUGAGCCAGAUUGGAUUCGAGAUUAUCUCUCGAGAAACGGGCAUCGAUGCUCCAUACAUCCUAGACACGGAGUCGAUGCUGCAGACGGUGUACAAGGCGAGUUUUUGGGUGGCCAGGAAGCCAGCGUCUGCUAGUAUACCUUAGACUAGAGUAACAGUUAGCAUUUCGGGGAUGGCCAUGGUAAGGGCAUCGCUGUGCUUCAAGCGGAUUUGUAAACAGGGACUCAAAUUCAAACGGAAAAAUAACAUUAGAGCUUAACAUCAAG